UUAAAUUUUUGAAGAAAUAAAUAAAAUGUUAGAAGACAAUCGAAAAUGUUUUUAUUUUUUUUUACUGGUGAAUUAAAAAAAAAAAUUUUAAAUAAGCACAUGUAGAAAACUCAAAAAACUACAUGAUUUAUUGUUUAAAAAAAAAGUCAAAAAAUUAUAAAAUGUCGGCCAAUUUCAGUAUCAUAUUAAUGAACCCAAAAGAAACUUAAAUUUUCGGUAUAAACAAAUUCGUUAGGGAACUCAUCUGACAAUCGGCGAUUUUAAAGUUUUGGAAGAAAUAAAGCAAUGGAAUAUGAUUUUUCCUGGCCGUACUUAGUACUAAUCGUUCGCGUGUAAUAACUUUCCGAUGCGGAUCAUUUUAUCCUGGUGUACCAGUGCAGCCUGGAUGUUUUGUUAUUCAAAUAAAAUAGAUACUGUCACAUGAGCAUCACGUGGGAAGGUUCAGACGCACAGCUAAAAUUAUUGAUCCUAUUAAUAGGAUCAUUUGGAAUAGUGGAAAUAAAUUCCGAAAUACUUGAGACGAUCGCACAAUGGCCAUUACUGGAUUACGCAUUGCCAUAUGACAGAGAAUUUUUAAAUAAAUUUCGCCCGGAAAAUGUCGUACCAACAGGAUUCGAAAUAACAGAGCAUAGAAUAUUUAUUGCCACUCCUCGAUUACGAGCGGGUGUACCAGCAACAUUAAGCGUGAUUCCUCGUGAUUUGCCACUUGGUAGCAGUCCACAGCUAGAAGCCUAUCCCUCGUGGGAUUGGCAUAGAGCUGGUAAAGGCGAUUUGAACUGUUCAGGUCUAAUAUCUGUUUAUAGAAUUCGAAUUGAUAAGUGCAACAGAUUAUGGGUUCUUGAUAGUGGCAUUAAUACAUCGAUUGACGACUUUCAAGUUGCAUGUCAGCCUAAACUACUUGUUUUCGAUCUUCAAACGGAUCAACUUAUUCGUCAAGUCAUAUUUCCACGUGAGGUUUUACGGCCAGAUACCCUUCUUACUAAUUUAGUUAUUGAUGAUACUGCAGCUCGUACUUGCGAUGAUGUCUUCGUUUACAUGACCGAUACUGUUGGCCCUGGACUCGUUGUUUUUGACGGAACUGCUGACAGGAGCUGGCGAUUCGUUCAUGCUUCAAUGCUUCCAGAUCCAAAUUAUUCCACUUAUCGCAUUGGAUCUGACACAUUUGAGCUGUUUGACGGAAUAGUUGGUUUGACAUUUUCAUCAAAAGAAAAUUUAGUCUACUUCCAACCUUUGGCAACUGACCGAAUUUUCAGUGUAUCAUCAUUAGUGUUAAAAGCUGGCCCUCUGCCAUUCGGACAACAACUUCCAGUAACAGUAGUGGGCAGAAAAUCCAGUCAAGGAUUAGCAUUGGCAGUUAAUCAACGCGAUAAUUCACUCAUCUUUUCUCCUUUUACCGAAACAGCAGUUGCCAGUUGGAACCCUAAAAUUAAUAAACAACGUGUCCUUGCAUUCAGUCCUGAAAAAUUACAAUUUGUUGCCGAACUUAUGUGGUUUGAACGUGACAACGGUAACAUCUGGAUUUUAUCUUCAAGAUUUCAAAAAUACUAUAACCAGAAUAUCGAUCCCCGAGAUAUCAAUCCUCGAAUUUUGAGAAUACGAUCAAAAUCUUCUUUAUUAGUGCCACCAAGUAUUUAUCACUAUGAUAAUCCUAAUUUCCCUCUUAAUAUUUACAACAAUACUUUGACUCAUUCAUUUCUAAAAUGAAUUUGAAUCUUUAGAUAAUUAGUUUAGAAUAUUAAUUAAUCAGUAAGAUACAAAUUACAUUUAUAUAUUGCUACAUUAUAGCAAAAAAAUAACUCAAUAAUUUGCAUUUAUAGUGUAAAUAUAUAUACAAUAUUACGACUGCCUGAUUUCGUAAUUCAGGGAGAACCAGUUCUUACUUUACUUCAACUGAUUAAUAAAAAAAAUUGGUGUAUACUAGGUUUAAAAAUAGUAUAUCGUAUACCGAGGGAUAAAACGUAUCUAUUUUAGAAGGUUAUGUUGAUUGAAGUGAUCCGUGCCUUUGCCGAAAGGAUGCGUUAGCAUCACACAAAGUCUGAAAUCGUAUAUUUUUACCAUACUUGCACUGAAAGUUAAAAUUCUUAUCAUAUUUAGCAGGAAGAGAAUUUUACUUUUUUCAUAUGAGAAAAUAACGCAUGCGCCAUUAAUUUGCAGAGGCAAAAAUUUGAACUUUAACAAAUUAAUAUCUGGUGAAAAAUAGUAUGCACACUACAGAGUGUUCUACUUUCCUCCUUUAGUGUGUAAUCUACUAUUUCACUACAGUACGGAGAAAGGUCAAAUUUCUGUCCUAUUGAGCGGAAAAAAAGCUGCGCUUUUCUCGUAUGGAAAACAAAGGAAAUCAAUACGCAUACAGAAAAAAGCAUGGUAAUUUUCACCAUAUCUGCAUAGAAGUUUAAAUUUAUUUGGUAAUAUAUACAAUCAGUUUUAGAAAGCGUACUACCAUUGUUUGUUGUUCCAUUUUUUCUACUAAUCAUUUCUAUGUUAGUUCGAAAACUCAAAUUUCUGGUAUUUUGUACUGCACAGUAUAAAGAUAAAUCCCGUACUGUUUAGGUUAUGUUUCUAUUUAUCAGGUCAGGGCUACUAAUUAUUUUGUAGUGAUCAUAGUGCCAUCUAUAGAAAAUUUUUGUUCCUGCAGUACGGGACUGAUGACCGGAUAUACUCAAGUAAUGACUGAAAUUCGAAAUUCCCAUUGCAGAUCUGGUGAAAAAUCCCGGGUCAAAAGAAAUAAAUUAAAUUUGACUUUUUUUGACUUAAAUGGAAACUAAGUAGGGUAACUUAGCCAAAAGCAAAUCAAAAGUGUUCUUCAUUCAAUUUUGACUUGCUUUUGGUUAAGUUAACUUACUUAAUAUCAAUUCGAGUCAAAUUUGGUUCUGGAUUAGUUGACUUAUACUUAAGUCAAAUUUAAUUAAUUUUUUGACUCGAGUUAGUGUGCACGCCACCGAAAAAAAGUAAAACAUCCCGGGUAAGAAAAAACAUAUAUAAUUAUAUACAGAAAAUGGCCCAAUGUAAUUAUAUACAAUUAUAAUUAUAUGUAAAUAUAUAUAACCAUAUAUAAAUUAUAUAUAAUUGUAUGUAAUUCUAUGUAAUUGUAUAUAGUUACAAACAAUCAUAUGUAAUCAUGUCAGUUUACAAAAAUGAGCUAUAAAAUAGAUGCAUUCUAAAAGACAAAGAAUUACUAACUAAUGUAAUUAUAUGUUCAAUGAUAAAUGCAUGAAAUGCGAAAGCCCGAGUUUAAAAAUUUACUAUACAAAAUAUGCAUUUAAAAAAGCAAUGUCCUUUCAAUUUCUUUUUAAUCCCUAAAAACUGUAAAAUAUAAAUAUAAGUAAUUAUAUAUUAUUGUAUGUAAUUAUAUGAGGCCAUUUUUCAUCACGGGAAAAAAUGUAGUUGCUACAACAGCAACUGUAAUUGAGUUUCUAUGUUAGAGUAAAAAUAUGCCAACUCCAACUUGGAAUAACCUCAACCACACCUGUACUAACGCCAUCUACAAUCAUUAAUGUUUACUACAAUAAUUAGUUGUCGAUACUAUUUACGUAGUACCUUUUAUUACAUACUGAAGUACACGCUAUUACAAUAUUUUACUACAAUAUUGUGGUUAGGAGAACCAAAAUUUUUUCCGUGGCACAUAUAAUUAUAUAUAUAUAUUUUUUUAUCCGGGGUUCCAAUUCAUAUAUGUCGCAGUUGUACCCCUGUUUAGAAAAUUUCAUAAAAUCCAAUAGAUUCUCAUAAAUUCCUAUAGAGAUUUUAUAAGAAUGAAUGAGUUCUAUGAGAAGUGCUAUAGUUAAGUAUAGGGCCUUAUACAUACAGCUAUAAGAAUAUAUUUAUCGGAUUUUGUAAGCAGGGACACACGGACUGAAAUGUUCUAUCUUUUGCCCUAAGCAUACAAUAUACUAUUGCAAUAUUGUUUUAACCAAUCAAACAGGCAUUGGCAUACACACAAAAAAAAUCAUAUUUUAAAAAUUUAGCUCUUACUGAUUUUCGAAAUUAGGCAACCGUCUAGGUUACAAUGAACUUAUAUUAUAAAAGCUUUUUAUAUAUUUUAUACAAUAUCAACACUUGUUAAACAAAA